UCUUUUUCUUGUCUAACGUAUGUCCCCUUCCUGGUUUCAGUUUGCUGCUUGCCCAUUGCCCUUACCAUACCUACAGCUGUUUUAUUCCUUUGUUGCUUGCUUUAAUGUUUCCCCUCCAAUGGGCUGUAAGAUCCAUAAGGUCAGGGAUCAUCUCUAGCUUCUUCCAGUCUCCAGCACCUAGCCCACUGCCUAGCACGGUUGCUCUCCAUACUGUGGAAUGACUCAAGCCACAGGAACCACGACGCUGAAAUUAACAGGCAGCGCAGUGCUCUGCGGUCCGGAUUUCAGCCCGCAGGAGGGAGCACCCGAACCCAGUACCCGAGGCGUGAUUGUGCCAGGGGAAUGGUUUCCAGGGCGACAGCAAACAGGGGGCGGGGCCUCGGAACCGAGGGCCCUGCUCCCCUGAGAGGAGGCGGUGCGCAGAGGGGAGGCGGGCUCGCGCGCGCUGGGAGGGCGCGCGUGGCGAGGGGCGCAUGCAGGGCCCCGGCGCGGCGCUGCUCCUGAGCGCGGGGGAGCGGGGGGUCGCGCACCAGGGCUCCGCCGCCUGGUACUGCCAAGAGGGCGGCUGCACCAGUUCUCCCGCCCCAUGGCCCCGGCCUCCCGCGACACUGCCUUGGCCCGGGCCCGCCUCCGCCUGUCCCGAGGGGGUUGGCGCUGGCGGCAAAGGCCGGGCCGGCAGUCCCUCUUUGCGCCGCCUAGGCCAUGCCUUCGAGUCGCUGGCCCAAGGCACCCACACCCAGAGUGCAGCGGAUCUCCACCCCCUUGGGUCCCCGCACACUCCGGCUCCGGAUGAUGCCCAGUCGCCGGACGGUUCCCUUGUCCUCUGGCGAGGAUUCUCCAAGCCAUCUCACCACAUGGGCCGGCUCAGAAACGCCAGGAUCCACGUGGAGAGAGCUGUCAAGCAGAAAAAGAUCUUUAUGAUCCAAGGCCACUACCCAGUGAUACGGUGCCUCUUGCGCCGGAGAGGCUGGGUGGAAAAGAAGAUGGUCCAUCACUCGGGCACCACCCUGCCACCACCCCAGAAGGAUCUGGAUAGCUCAGUAAUGGGUGAUAGUGACACCACUGAGGAUGAGGAUGAAGAAGGGGACGAGGCAUUUCGGCCACCGCAGCUAUUUGACUUUGAUGAUUUACUGGAAUUUGAUGACCUAGAUGGGACACAUGCUCUGAUGUCCCGCAUGGUUCGGAACGAGGUCCCCUAUUUCAUCUGGACCACUCGGCGGGAUGUGCUGGACUGUCGCUUCCUCUCCAAGGAUCAAAUGAUAAACCACUAUGCCCGGGCUGGCUCCUUUACCACAAAGGUGGGUCUAUGUCUCAAUCUCCGGAAUUUGCCAUGGUUUGAUGAGGCUGAUGCUGACUCCUUCUUUCCACGCUGCUACCGCCUGGGGGCUGAGGAUGACAAAAAGGCCUUCAUAGAGGACUUCUGGCUGACAGCUGCCCGCAACGUUCUCAAGCUGGUGGUAAAGUCCGAAUGGAAGUCAUACUCUAUCCAGGCAGAAGAGGAAGAGGCCCCAGGAGACAAACAGCCCAAGAAACAGGAGAAAAAGCCAGUAAUGGUGUCCUCCGAGUUUGUGGAUGAGGCUCUUUGUGCCUGUGAGGAGCACCUUAGCAACCUGGCUCACAUGGAUAUCGACAAGGACCUGGAGGCGCCGCUGUACCUCAGCCCCGAGGGCUGGUCCAUCUUCCUCCAGCGCUACUACCAAGUGGUCCACGAGGGGGCAGAACUCAGGCACCUUGACGCUCAGGUCCAGCGCUGUGAGGACAUCCUGCAGCAGCUGCGGGCCGUGGUGCCCCAGAUGGACAUGGAAGGAGAUCGCAACAUCUGGAUCGUGAAGCCAGGAGCCAAGUCCCGAGGACGAGGCAUCAUGUGUAUGGACCACCUGGAGGAGAUGCUGAAGCUGGUAGAUGGCAACCCCAUGAUGAUGAAAGACGGCAAGUGGGUGGUACAGAAGUAUAUUGAACGGCCUCUGCUCAUCUUUGGCACCAAAUUUGACCUGAGACAGUGGUUCCUGGUGACCGACUGGAACCCACUUACCGUGUGGUUCUACCGUGACAGCUACAUCCGCUUCUCCACACAGCCCUUUUCUUUGAAGAACCUUGACAACUCAGUGCACUUGUGCAACAACUCCAUUCAGAAGCACCUGGAGAAUUCAUGCCAUCGGCACCCGCUGCUACCCUCAGACAACAUGUGGUCGAGCCAGAAGUUCCAGGCGCACCUGCAGGAGAUGGGGGCCCCAGACGCCUGGGCCACUGUUAUCAUGCCUGGCAUGAAGGCUGCAGUGAUCCAUGCCCUGCAGACCUCCCAGGACACCGUGCAGUGUCGGAAGGCCAGCUUCGAGCUCUAUGGUGCUGACUUUGUGUUUGGUGAGGACUUCCAGCCCUGGCUGAUAGAGAUCAAUGCCAGUCCCACCAUGGCCCCCUCCACUGCUGUCACUGCCCGGCUCUGUGCAGGUGUGCAAGCCGACACCCUGCGUGUGGUCAUCGACCGGCGGCUAGACCGCAGCUGUGACACAGGAGCCUUCGAGCUCAUCUACAAGCAGCCUGCCGUGGAGGUACCCCAGUAUGUGGGUAUCCGGCUCCUAGUAGAGGGCUCCACCAUCAAGAAGCCCCUGGCAAUGUGUCACCGGCGGAUGGGGGUCCACCCAGCACUCCCUCACCUGCUGACCCAGAGAGGCUCUGGGGAAGCCCCUUACCACUUCCCCAGCCUCCACACCAAGGCCCGGCUGUCUUCUCCCCAUGUGCUCCGAUCCCAGGGGCGGGUCCUCAGACUGCAACACAGCAAGUUGGUGGGCUCUAAGGCCCUGUCGACCACAGGCAAGGCCUUGAUGACUCUACCUACUGCCAAGGUUUUGAUUUCCUUCCCGCCUAACCCUGAGCUCAAGUUGGCAUCCAGUGUCCUGAAACCAAGAAAGGUGGGCCUUGAGCUCGCCUUCGUGGUUCCCAUCCUGGAGGUGCCCUGUGGCCUCUACCCUUCGAAGUUGGAAAUCUUCCUAGCACCCACAGGAAGAUCAAGACCAAAGGCAAGUUCAAGACCAGACUGUGACAAACCCAAGGCUGAGGCAUGCCUCAUGAAGACACUGAGCCUUCCAGGACCCCUGCCCUUUAUCAAUGCAUACCAGGGGCUAGGGGGCAUGGGGGAUGUGAGGCUAGAGAAGCCCUUGCUUCGGUUCACUGCCCCUAUCCUGGAUGCAAUGCCAAAUAAAAAGGAGCAAGUAAAGUAUCCUGGGCUUGGCUCCAUUUCCAUUGGAGGGUGAAGAGAGGGUAGGCUGGGGCCCUAUACCCCAAGGUCCAGAAUGAGAGCUAGAGGCCAUCAGCAACCUCUCCACAAAGCAAAGGGCCAGAAUUCCACCCCCUGGCGACAGACAUGGGGCUUCCUAUGCAGGGACUCUCUGGCAUCUCAGAUCUUGGAUUGGGGGAUAAAGCCUCACUUUGUAGAUGAAGAAACUGAGUCUGAACAAGGAGACAUGGCUUGUGCAAGAUCAUGUGGCAGUGAGAAGGCUAGGACAUAUUGCCAGACUGCUCACCACUGGGAGAUCCCCAAGCCCCAAGCCCAGGGGAGAACCUGGGCUGGCAGCAGAGUGACAUCCAACGGGCAUCAGAUUUACAAUGUGAGAUGGGGGAAGGAUGGACCUUGCCUAAGCACCAGCCCUUCUCCAGAGGGAGUUGGUCUGUCCCUUCCUCAGCAAGGGGCCAUGGUCGCCUAGAAAGGAAAUACCCAACCAGCCACACCCAUUUGAAAAACUUUGGUAUUUCUUAGUUAUACUGAGUUGAAUGGUAGCCUUCCCUCCCCCAAAAGAUACACCUGCCUGGAACCCGUGAAUAACUUUCUUUGGAAAAAUGGUCUUCAUAGAUGUGAUUAAGUUAAAGAUCUUGAGAUGAGAGUACUCUGGAUUAUCCAGGUGGGCCCUAAAUCCGAUGACAAGUGUCCUGGUAAGAGAAGACACAGACACCAGAAGACCACGUGAAGGUGAAGGCAGACUGAUGUGAUGCAGCCGUGAGUCAAAGCUUGCAGCCACCAGAAGCUGGAAGAGGCAAGGAGUCAUCCCCAGAGGCUUCAGAGGACACUGCCCUGUAGACACCUUCAUCUCAGACUUCGGGCCUCCAAACAGAUCUCUGGGAAAAUCAGUUUGUUAUUUUACGAGACCAGUGCUCUAAGCCCUGAGCUACAGAGCGUCAGUUUCUGUUAUUUUAAACCACUCAAGUUGUGCUAAUUUUGUUACAACAGUCCUGGGAAACUAAUACACUAGUCAGGUGAAGAUACAUAUACUCUGACCGCAUCUCUUGCAUAACUGAACCAGGAAAUGCAUACAAGCAGGUUCACACCAGUGUUGUGCUAACAGCUGAAUGAUGACAUUAACAGUAGAAUGGAUAAACUGGUAUAGUCAUGCACUGGAAUUCAAACCCACCAUACAUCACAGAUGCACUUCAUGGCAUGGAACAAAAACAAAUCACGAAAGAAUAUAUAUAUGUAUGUAUGGCAUGACUCCAUUUAUGGAAACUUCAGAAUUGGGCAAAACAAAAUACAUUAUUUAGGGAUGUGUAUGUAUGUGGAAAAACUUAAGCAAGGAAAGCUCCCAUGUCAGGGGAGGGGGUUCCAACCUAGACUGAACAAUAGAACCCCUUCGGGAGCUUUAAAAAAGAUUGGUGUCAGGAUCUCCAUCCCAGACUGAUAAAAUUGGUAUCUUUGGGGUGCAGCAUCCCAGGGUAGGAAGGGGCUUUUUUAAAGCUUCGCUGAGGGGGUUCUAAUAUGGGGCCAGCGUUGAGAACUGCUACCCUAACAAGGAAGGAGAGGCAUGUUUCUAUUUCGUGCCGAGUGGUGGUUAUGAGUGUCACCUUGUAAUUAUUCUUUAAAUCACAGAGCUAUUUAUGUACUCUUUGUAUGUUUGAUAUAUUUCACAAUUUUUUCAAGUAAAAGAUCUAAGAUCUUCAUUUAUAUGAAGUCCCCAGAGUAGUCAGAUUUGUAGUGACAGAGGAGAAUGGCGGCUACUGGGGGCUGAGAGGAGCGGAUGGGGCAUCAGUGUUUAAUGGGGCAGAGUUUCAGUUCUUCAAGAUGAUGGGAUGUGACGGUUGCACCACAAUGUGAAUGUACUUAAUGCCACUGAACUGUUCACUUAAAAAUGGUUAAGAUGGUAAAUUUUGCUAUGUGUAUUUUACCACAAUUGAACGACAACAAAAAAAUCAGACAUUUCCUCUCAGCUAGAACUGGGAUAGAAACAGCCAAAUAAAAAGACCAUAUAUUGAA